AUGUUUAAAAGUGCCCAUACCCCAGGUCAAUGUGCUUAUAUCGAGAGAAGACAAAUCAUAGAUGGUACUCUAAUAGCUAAUGAGCUAGUUGAUUCUCGUUUAAAAGCUGGUAACCUUGAUGUUAUUUGUAAAAUAAAUUUGGAGAAAACCUUUGACAAGAUAAACUGGAGUUACUUGGAGUUCAUGAUGAAAAAAAUGGGUUUUAAUAGGAAAUGGAUUCAAUUGACCAGAUUUUGUUAUUCUACUACUAGCUUUUCUGUGCUUAUUACUGGCUCUUCUUUUGGUUUCUUCACCAGCUCAAGAGGGGUAAGACAAGGUUGUCCUUUACCUCCUUUACUUUUUAACAUUUCAAUGAAGGGUUUCUCGAAAUACAUUGAUAGAGCUGCUAAUUCUGGGUUGUUCAAUGGUUUCUCCAUGGUAGAAAAUGGUCUGAAAGUGAAUAAAACUAAAAUUAGGUUGACUGCUAUUGGUGAUGUCCCCCUUCUCAACGUUUGGUCCAAUGAGCUGGGUUGCGCUAUUGAUACUUUGCCUUUCAUGUAUCUGGGUAUGCCACUAGGUGCUAAGCCAAACUCUAAAACUAUUUGGGUUCAUGUUAAUGAGAAGUUUGAAGCAAGAUUACCACUUGGAAUAAAAUCUCACUCUCUAAAGGAGGCAAGUGUUGUUAAGACACCUCAUGAUGUGUCUUGUUGGAAAACUAUAGCUGCUGUGAAUGAUCUAGUCAAUAACAAUUCUACUCUUUGUAUUCACUCAGGCGAUGGAACAGAUAACUUCCCUCAUCAGUUUGUGUGGAACACAGUCAUUCCUCCAAAGGCCAGCUUUCUUCUCUGGUGUGCACUGCAUGGUAAACUGAAUUCAUUAGAUAUGUUAAAUUACAAAGGAUUGAACAUCUACAACUGCUGUAUUCUAUGUGGAGAUAGUAAUGAAUCGCAGGACCAUAUUCUUCUUCAUUGUAAGGUUGCUCACCGAAUUUGGAUGGCUGUAACUCCUAAUCAUCAUUGGUCUUGGGUGUUUCCAAAUACAUUGUACUCCUUUGCUCAUACUUGGUCUCACAAUAAGUUGACACAGUCUGGCAAAAUAGUUUGGGAUCUCCUUCCAGUUGCAAUGAUUUGGGUUUUAUGGAGAGAAAGGAACCGUCGAACUUUCGAAGAGAGGUAUAACUUCAAAACUGAUCUGGACCUGAUCACAUAUGUUAAAGCUCUGGUGCUAUCUUGGGCUACUGCAAAUGGGAAGAAAAUUCAUUUGAAUUUUUCAAACACUGUAACAAAUUGGGAAAUAGUUUUCUUCUGA